CUGUAGCGAUUGCCAAAGAGCCUGGAGACAAUGGCUGCAUGGAUGGAUUGCAUGGACUAAGGGGUGGUUUGGGAGAUACACGAGCAUCACACGGAGUUUGACCCAGCAUUAUAACAGAGCAUGAGGGAAUGGUAGACAUGGGGGAGGGGAACUUUGGGCAUCGUAUAAGAAAAUGCAACAACAACCAUGGUUUUCGUUUUUCGUGUAGAACCGGCCCUCUUCUUUCGCAGGUCCGUGGUCGUCCUGGGCUGAUCAACAACCGACGGAUCGGAAUUGCGCCGACAGCUUCGCCAUGGAACCGGCUGGUAAAGACACAAGGCGCCAGUUGGUCGUCAAUACCGCACACCCAAAACAAGAUGGUCCUUUUCGCCUCCACACACCCCACCUCGCCGGCCUUUGGCCGCCGCCGCCACCGCCUCUGCCCUCCGCAUCGGGUCCGUCCUCAAGGCGGCUCGGCCUGCCCCCAGGGCGCCAUGGUGACCUGGUACGUCGAGCUCCGUUCACGUCGUGCGGAAUCUGGCAGUUGCCUAGCGGGUGAACUCGGUGUCGACUCUCAACAAAGUUACGUUCAUCUUGCAGGCUGGCAACCGGACCGUCUUUGGCAGGGAGCGCAAGGACGCCGAGACAUCUCCUAUAAUGGAGGCGCUCAGUUUCGAGUGGCAAAAGUUGUUGAGUUUCGGGGUGCCAAGAGGCAAAGAGGGGGAGUGGAAGGAGACCGGUUAGCUAGGGGAUAGUGCUCUGAGUUGAAGCGGAGUUAUCAAAAACGGUUUCCCGUUCUUCUU